GCUCUGGUUUCUUCCUUGCCAAAGACAGACAAGCACUGAGCCUGGCCCCACGUCCAGGCACCAGGACCUCCAAUUCAAUGGUGCCUUCUUCCUCCCAGUCACACUGUUCACUUUGCCCUACAGCAGCAAGGGCUAAACUAGGAGAGGCCAAAAGCCCAGGCAAGUCCUGGUUGGGCAAGCAAUUUCGAGGGGAACUGAGGACCACCCUGACUGAGAUGGGUCUUUCAUAAGUCCCCCAAGAACCAGGUGAGGCAUCAUCAACAUCACCUCUCCUGCCACCACCGCCUCCCUGAUUCAUGCACGUCAGGCUUCAGCCAGCAGCACGCAUCCUUGGGGUUAGGAGCCAGCAUCUCAGGUCGGCAGCCAUGGUUUCUCUGGCGACAGACCCAUCAGAGGCUCAUUCAGAGCCUUAACCCUGAGCCUCCACCACCUACCCACCGUGUUGAAGAUGUCAUUGCUUGGAAGGGACUACAACAGUGAGCUGAACUCCUUGGACAAUAGAUCUCAGUCCCCCUCGGAGAGCAGCAGUAGCAUUACUUCAGAGAAUGUCCAUCCUGCUGGGGAAGCUGGACUAUCGAUGAUGCAAACUUUGAUCCACUUGUUGAAAUGCAACAUUGGCACAGGGCUCCUGGGGCUUCCCCUGGCCAUAAAGAAUGCCGGCUUAUUGGUCGGUCCUGUCAGCCUUCUGGCCAUUGGGGUCCUCACCGUGCACUGCAUGGUCAUCCUGUUGAACUGUGCUCAACACCUCAGUCAGAGACUGCAAAAGACUUUUGUGAACUAUGGAGAGGCCACGAUGUACAGCCUUGAAACCUGCCCAAACACCUGGCUGAGGACCCAUGCAGUGUGGGGAAAGUACACAGUCAGCUUCUUAUUAAUCAUCACCCAGCUGGGCUUCUGCAGUGUUUAUUUUAUGUUUAUGGCAGACAAUUUACAACAGAUGGUGGAAGAAGCCCACGUGACCUCUAACAUCUGCCAGCCCAGGGAGAUUCUGGCGCUGACCCCCAUCUUGGACAUUCGUUUCUACAUGCUGACUAUCCUGCCCUUCCUGAUCCUGUUGGUGUUUAUCCAGAACCUCAAGGUGCUGUCCGUCUUCUCGACAUUGGCCAACAUCACCACCGUGGGGAGCAUGGCUCUGAUCUUUGAGUAUAUCAUGCAGGGGAUUCCAUAUCCCAGCAACCUACCCUUGAUGGCAAACUGGAAGACCUUCUUGCUGUUCUUUGGUACAGCCAUCUUCACGUUUGAAGGCGUCGGCAUGGUUCUGCCUCUCAAAAACCAGAUGAAGCAUCCACAGCAGUUUUCUUUUGUUCUGUACUUGGGUAUGUCCAUUGUCAUCAUCCUCUAUAUCUUCCUGGGGACACUGGGCUACAUGAAGUUUGGGUCAGACACCCAGGCUAGCAUCACCCUCAACUUGCCCAAUUGCUGGUUGUACCAGUCGGUCAAGCUGAUGUACUCUAUCGGCAUCUUCUUCACCUAUGCCCUCCAGUUCCACGUCCCAGCUGAGAUCAUCAUCCCAUUUGCCGUUUCCCAAGUGUCAGAGAGCUGGGCACUGUUUGUAGACCUGUCUGUCCGCUCAGGCUUGGUCUGUCUAACCUGUGUCUCAGCCAUCCUCAUCCCCCGCCUCGACCUGGUCAUCUCCUUGGUGGGCUCCGUGAGCAGCAGCGCCCUGGCCCUCAUCAUCCCAGCCCUCCUGGAGAUCGUCAUCUUUUACUCUGAGGACAUGAGCUGUGUCACCCUUGCCAAGGACAUCAUGAUUAGCAUCCUGGGCCUUUUAGGGUGUAUAUUUGGGACAUACCAAGCCCUCUAUGAGUUGACCCAACCCAUCAACCAUUCCAUGGCCAACUCCACAGGUGUCUAUGCAUAAUUAUCUGUUUUUAGUCUAAUAGCUCUCCCUUCUUCCCAUCCCCAGUUUGACUUCCAUGUGGAUGUUAUAUACCUUCAUCAAAUCCCAA